AUGCGGCCAGUGCUGGAGGACCUGAUCGGUGAGGGCCUGGUGAAGUACCAUUACAUCACAAACAAGUCGCUGCCUGGCUACCCACACCUAGAUGUAGCGCCCGGCCACUCCCUCAACUGGCAGACGCCCGUGUUCAGGACGUGCCUGCACCAUUACGGUGCCCAGCACCGGUGGAUGGCCUUCAUCGACGCUGGUGAAUUCAUUGUGCUGAAAGACGGCGUCUCCUCCCUGCCCGACCUGCUCAAGCGGCACGAGUCCCAUCCCGGGCUUGUGCUGCACUGGCGCUUCUUCUCAUUCAACGGCCACAUAGACCGCCCGCGACAGGGGGUUUCUUUCGACCAGGCAGUGCUGCAGCAUUACGGCACCAAGAGCCUCUUUGAUUUUUCACUCAAGAUGAAGCGGCGUGGUGGCGCGGGCGGCCAGAAAACGUUAGAAUACUUCCUGCAGUGGCACCGCGCGUGCAAUGAGAGCUGCACAGAGGCAGUGCCACUAGGGCAGCAGCUGGCUGAGCGGUAUGAUCUGACGAAGGGCAUUUCCUACCGCGAGGCGAUGCUGUACCACAGCUGCGCGGAGAGGUGCACCGAGGCGGUGCCACUGGGGCGGCAACAGGGCUGA